AUGGGCAGCGCCAGCCCAGGCCUGAGCAGCGUGCCCCCUGGCCGCCUCCUGCUGCCCCCCGACACGGCAUCGAGGACAGGCUUGGAGAAGGCAGCAGCAGGGGCGGCGGGUCCCGAGAGACGGGACUGGAGCCCCAGCCCGCCUGCCACGCCUGAGCAGGGCCUGUCUGCCUUCUACCUCUCCUACUUUGACAUGCUGUACCCUGAGGACAGCAGCUGGGCUGCCAAGGGCCCUGGGGCCAGCACUCGGGAGGGGCGGCCUGAGGAGCCUGAGCAGUGCCCGGUCAUUGACAGCCAAGCCCCCGGGGGCAGCCUGGACUUGGUGCCAGGUGGGCUGAGCCUGGAGGAACACUCGCUGGAGCAGGUGCAGUCCAUGGUGGUGGGCGAAGUGCUCAAGGACAUCGAGACAGCCUGCAAACUGCUCAACAUCACCGCAGACCCUGUGGACUGGAGCCCUGGCAACGUGCAGAAGUGGCUCCUGUGGACAGAGCACCAGUACCGGCUGCCCCCCGUGGGCAAGGCCUUCCAGGAGCUGGGGGGCAAGGAGCUGUGCGCCAUGUCGGAAGAGCAGUUCCGCCAGCGCUCGCCCCUGGGCGGGGACGUGCUGCACGCCCACCUGGACAUCUGGAAAUCAGCGGCCUGGAUGAAAGAGCGGACCUCGCCGGGCGCGAUCGACUACUGUGCCUCCACCAGCGAGGACAGCUGGGCCGACAGCGAGGUGGACUCGUCCUGCUCCGGGCAGCCCAUCCACCUGUGGCAGUUCCUCAAGGAGCUGCUGCUCAAGCCCCACAGCUACGGCCGCUUCAUUCGCUGGCUCAACAAGGAGAAGGGCAUCUUCAAAAUCGAGGACUCCGCCCAGGUGGCCCGGCUCUGGGGCAUCCGCAAGAACCGUCCUGCCAUGAACUACGACAAGCUGAGCCGCUCCAUCCGCCAGUAUUACAAGAAGGGCAUCAUCCGGAAGCCCGACAUCUCCCAGCGCCUGGUCUACCAGUUCGUGCACCCCAUCUGA